UCUACGUCCCCUCUAUUUACUGGCUGAGCUCGAGAGCAAGAGUGUGCUCGAGGCAGGAGGACGACAAGCAGCACUGACUACUGAGGAGUGAGGAACUGAAGACCAGUGCGACGCUGCGUCGAGGAUGGAAGCGCCGGCGGCGAAGCCCGUCCUCCGCGUGGCCGCCAUCUGCGGCUCCAUCCGCAAGGCCUCCUGGCACCGCGGCCUCAUCCGCGCCGCCGCGGAGGUGUGCGAGGAGUCCAUCCCGGGGCUUCGCGUCGACGACGUGGACGUCGCCGACCUGCCGAUGCUCAACACAGACCUCGAGACCGACGGCGGCCGGGGCUUCCCGCCCGCCGUCGAGGCGUUCCGCGCCAAGGUCCGCGACGCCGACUGCUUCCUCUUCGCGUCGCCAGAGUACAACUACUCCAUCACCAGCCCGCUGAAGAACGCGCUGGACUGGGCCUCCAGAGGCGUCAACUGCUGGGCGGACAAGCCCGCCGCCAUCGUCUGCGCGGGGGGCAACUUCGGCGGCGGCAGGUCGAGCUACCACCUGCGCCAGGUCGGGGUGUUCCUGGACAUCCACUUCCUCAACAAGCCGGAGCUCUUCGUCUUCGCGUUCGACGACCCGGACAGGUUCUUCGACGCCGACGGCAACCUGAUCCACGCCGAGACCAGGGAGCGCCUCGGGAAGGUGCUCCUGUCGCUCCAAGCCUUCACCCUCAGGCUCCAGAACAAGGAUUGAAGUUGAACCGAUCGAGUCGCCGACGGAUCACCGUAGUACCUGUACCGUGCUCUGCCAAUAAUCUGCGUUUCCCUUCAACGCCUGUAUGAGUAUGCCUGGAACAAACCCCUUAUGAUCAAACCGGCCCAUGGGGCCGGGAGAACAAGCUACUCCUCAACGUGCGUAGUGUUUGAUGACUUGAUCUUGUACCUCUUUCAAAUAUUGAAUCGGAAUCGUUAAAUAACGCAGUACCUUCUAGUCCUGUUAAAUUCA